AUGAAGAUCUUCAACAGCACUGAGGUUGUGUUCAGUCAAAGUUAUUUUCCGUCAAGAACAAACAAUGUUUUACAAGUCAAAACAGGUAAGAAACUUAAAUAAAAAGAUGUUAUAAAGGUUAAGUAAAGAAUUAAAGUAUAAAAUUAUUAAGCCUUUUAUUUUUAUUGUUUUAAAUGGGUUUUAAAGCACUAUAUUGGUGUUUAAAUCUUAAAAAUUUAGAUUCAACAGUUCGAACGUUGGCUUUGACUGAAGUUCCAGAGACAGCCGGCUCUUUCUCAUUCCCACAAGAUACCGUCGGCUUCAACAAUCGUGUUAUCUUCUGGUGAGUCUUUUGUUAACUUUAUUUUAAGUUUUUAGGGAUUUCAAAAUUUGUUACUUAUAUACAACUGCAUAAACGUUACCUACAUUAUUUUAUUUUUAGGCGAACAGAAUCUUCUCGUUUGUACCUAAACGAAGUUAAUGCUACACGAGACUAUUCAGAAAACUCUUUGUACAUUGACUUUGCACCAUCAGUCAUUGUUCAAGGCACCGCUUUAUUGUUGUGUAGAGAUAUUCUGGUUCUAGUUGUACCUACACAAUCGUGUAUUCACAGAUUCAAAAUAAGAUUGGCUGGGAAGAACAAUGUUGAUCAGACCUUUACUAACAAAUCAGUUUUGUCAUUCUUUCCGCGUCAAGAAUUUCUACAACAAGUUCAUGAUUGUCACUACUUUUCCAACGCUCUCAUUGCCAGUUCAGUCCAUGUUACCCUUGAUCGGAUUGGGAAUUGUUAUUGCUCAGUUGUGGCUAACAAGAAUCAGCUGUUGUUGUUAAAUAUGAAAAAUCAGGUUAACAGUAAAAGUAAGUUUUAGAUACUAGGUUGGAAAGAAAAGAAUGGUUUACUUUUCAUUUAUAAUUUGCAACAUCUGUAAUUAUAUCGAUAUGAUUUUAGACGGAUACGAGGAGACGUUACUACGAGAAGGCUAUGGACUCAAUCGUUUGUGGACUUCUUCAGAUCAAGAUUCUGUAAUUCUUCACGCGACAUCAGUGUUACUGGACGAUGAUCUCUUUGUGUUAAGUGUUCACGAAGACGGUCGAUUAAAAGUUUGGUCGGUUAAUGAGAAUGCAAUCAAAAGUUCGUACAAUUUGGCAACGUUUUUGAAGAAAGACAAUGUUGUUGAAGUUGAGAAUGUUUAUAUGAAGUUCACUGAAGUCUAUGGUCGGAUAUAUUUGGUGAUGAAGGUACAGCUGGUCAGAAGAGUCAAGUUCUUAUUCUUCGAGUUCAGCGAUGGAGAACUGAUUAAAAAGCGACAAGUUGAUUUGGAUGCGGUAAGGUUUGAAUAUUUUUUUUGAAUUUUAGAUAACAAAUAUUUCAUCGACGCUAUAAUGUAAAGUUCAAUUUUUUGUUUUAGGCGUCAGUUGUAGACUUUUUGACGACAAAGUCGGUGGCAGAUAAAGACGAGCUGACUUUGUGGGUAUGUAACCGUGAAUCGUUUGGAGAAGAGAAGCUAAACGGAAUGUUCCAACCAUAUUCAAUGCAAAAGUGCUCUGUUAUACUGUGAGUUUGUAAUUUUCUGUUCUUUGGUUUAAUCAGUUUUGGUCUACGUGGUCUUUGUAUACCCAAAGACUUCGCUAGGAGUAGAGGGCUGAAGGAGAGUGAAAAAUUUCGAAAGAAGAUUUUAAGAGGCAUUAUAAUUGUUAAUAUUUCAGAAAUCGGGAUCAUUCAUCAGUUUGGGAAGAGAUUCAAACGACAGCAGCAAAUACAAAAAAUAUUGAUAUUAUCAACCGGUCGAAGAUUGAAGCAGUUAGAAGGAGGAUAUUGGGCGGAGAAACCUAUUCGUUUGACAUGGUUGAGAGAGCGAUUCAGACAUUGUGUAAGGCACCUGGAGUCAAAUUUGAAUAUAUGGAUUGGCCAAGUCUGUCCAGCUAUGUAGAUGGAUUUGUUAACAGUGGAAUGGUAAGUAGUUUAUUAUUAAUAUUGUUGUUGUUUUGAGUUAUGUUAUUGUAGUAAGGUUGUAUACUGUUCAUAACGCCGUGUUUUUUCAAAUUUAUAGUUCAACGGGUGGAUUGUUAUUUAAAAUUGGUAUUUAUAGUUCAAAACGCUGUAUCUGUCAAAAGAAGAUCAGCACGCUUUCUCAGCAACGAAUAACUUGGAAGAAGAUGGGUUUAAGAAAGCUAAGGACAAGUUCUGGAUAAUGCUGGACAAGUACUGUAGUCAGUUCCAAGAGCAAUUGAUCAACCCGAUUGCUUUGUGGCAUGAUUCUGUAUUGGGAUUGAUUGGAUGUAUCCAGCAAGUACGUUUUACAGAAGGAGUUUUGUUGCAAUUAUAUAGUAUUAAAAACAUUUUAAUUUACUAUCUACGGUUUAGAUUGUCUUAAAAUUUGUUGGUUUUUUUAUUUCGGGUAUAUAUUUUGUUAUGGGACUAACAAGUAUUUUUAGGCUAGAUUUACAAUUUACUUGGAGCCAGACUACGCGAUGAUGCGCGCUACAGAACAAAACAAACAAGUGCUUCAGAAGCUGAUCAAAAUUAGCGAAAACUUUUUGGAAGAAGAUUGUGUACGUUGUUCAGAUUUUGAGUUAUUUAUUUUGAAAUUGGUUAUAAACUUAUGACUAUUUUUAAAAUUUGUUUUAAAACUGAUCUUUUUACAGGAUUUCCGUGGUGUAGCAGCUCAUGACUACAAGUUUUUGAUGACACAUUUGGAUGUGAUGCUGGAUGUCUUCAAAUGGUUCUCAGAAAGAACACCUGAGGUUAUUACUGGGGAGUGUAAGUUUUUACAACUGUUGAGAGUAUUUCUGUUUUAUACGUUUAUAUUCUGCUCUAAUAGUUUUAUGAUUUUAUAAUAUAUUCUAAUAUUUUGGCCGUUUCAGUAGUUUCAAUCAAGUCCGACUACGUGUAUUCUUCUUUCUCGACAGGGUUCAUGUCGGCCGCCUUGAGACACCGUAUCUUGAAUCGGCUGAUGUUCAGCAAAUGUAUUUCUUCAUUGGUUAAGUUAACCGAGGUGGAUAAGGCGGUAAGGUUUUUUAAUAAAAUGAUGUGACAAUAAUUAAUUUCAUGAUGAUUUGGUGACAUGUCAUGGCACCGGUAAAAAAAUGUUUGUUUUUAGGGUAAAUCUACUGAAAAGUCGUACGAUGUGUAUCUGAAGGUGUCGAAUGCACGAAGACCGAUUAAUCAGAUUCGCGAGUUUUACUACAACUUGUACCAAGCGUUGUCGACGAGAUUUAUCAGGUAUUUUUUGAUGUUUUUAUGUGCCUUCAAUUUAUAUUUUAGAGGCCUUAGGGCUACAUAAGUUGAAAAUGAAACUUAAUGUAAAAAUAUUUCAGUGGUCGAGAUUCAUCUUCACGAUCAGUAGCACUGAAUCUGGCAGAAGCUUUCUACAGAUUUGGAGGCCAGAUUCUGCCUUCAGUAGUUGACGAUGAAAUGGAUGCCGAUGGCAGUUUUGAUCAGAUCCCAAGUUCAAAGUUUGUCGCUUUUUGCAUGGAUGCUGUCAAUAGGACCAUCUUGUCUUUGUGGCCAAACUCAACAACUAUGGCGUUUCCUCACUUUUUGGCCAAAAACUUGUUUUAUGAUCAUUUGAGGGUAAGGUAAUUUAAAGAUGACAUCAAUAUAGACACAGGUAUUAGUUUUUUAAAUAUAAAAAUGUGUUUUGGUAUAAUUUUUAAGUGAGGCUGUGGAGCUGUAACAAUAUACAGUUAACAAUUAUGGUUUUUAGAACUACUGUCAGCUAAACGAACCAUACUUGUCGAACUUGUUAUAUGCAUUUAAUUUCUACAAAGGAAUUUCAUUGUCUGGCCUUGGUUAUCCACAAGAAGCAGAUCUAGCUUUCCAAGAAGCGUUACAAGGCAUCGAAAUGGGUGAUGAAGCUUUGAAUAGAGCACUGUGUUCAUAUACUAACAGGGAAUACCCAUAUGAACACAAUCUCUGCGAGUUCUAUGCUGCUACAAUGAGCAUUUUCAAGUUGUCGAAUCACGGUGAAUUCGUUAUCAGAAGCGGGAAUCUGGCGUUAAAAAGUGCGGAGAAGUUUGAAAGUAUUGAGGACAAUCCAGAAUUGAUGGUAAGUUGAGUUUUCGAACUUUAAUCAUAUACUUUAAACUUUGAAAUUAGAGUGUACUAGCUAUCUUAGGCUCUAAUACAAUUUUGAUAUUUAAAUUGUUUUCAGAGUGAAAUCUACCAAAGAAUGUUCUCACAGUUCGUAUUCGACAAGAAGUACAACGAGGCUGUCAAAGUACUACACAGUAAUCCAGUACCAACUGUACAACUACAUUGUUUGAGGUUUUUGAUAGGAACCUUGUUGGAUCUGAAUGAAACCAAGAUCUUGAUAAGCCUUCCGUAUAUUACACUUGGCGAUAAGGUGGCCGAGAUGCUGGAGACAAGGUGCAAGAGUCAGAAUCCGCUAACUGAAAAUGGACUUUUCAAUACUGUUUAUGCCUUCUACUUCAAGAGGUUUGAGUAUCAGAAAGGUGAGGGACUAUUUAACUUUUAACAGUUUGAUGGCUAGCUGCUACAGUAAUAGUAAUAUAGAGUUAUGUCUUUGUAUUUGAUAUAAUUUUUUUGUCGAUAUGAGGGUUGAGGAAGUUUUAAUAAAGUAUUUGUAGGCAUUAUAAUAUAAUAAUUUAUUUUAGCUGCUCAAACUUUGUAUUCUUUGGUAUGGAAGCUGAAAUUGAUGCCACAAAACAGAGAAAUCUUGGAAAAACGAUGCAGAUUAUUGGCUUGUGUCAGUCAGACGUUGGAAUUGCUUGGGGAUGACAGAGUUUCUCUUCAAAUUGACGUGGUAAGCAUAUGUUAUAUAAAAUAUUAAAUUUAAAAUUACGUAGAUAUUCUAUAUUGGCUUUGCUUUUUACAAUUAUUAUAAAAAAUGUUGUAUAAGUAUGAUAAAAAUGUUAUGUUCAGGAGACGGUAAUGCCGGAAGCAAUGGGAGAAGUCCGAGAAUCUGUAAUUGAUAAGAUCCAGGUUCCGAAACAAAAGAUAUUGGAAGAAUUCAUGUUGUUGGAAGCCAGAUUAGCUUUGUGUGAUGCUGAUACCUACGACAAAGGCCCUCCAAUGGAAACAGAAGAUGUCUAUAGUGGUGUUAUUACCCACAAGAACUACGAUUUGGCUUUUGUGCUUCAGAGGUAGGGUGUUUUGCUUUUGGUCAGUUUUUAAAGAAAAAAUAUACUGUAACCAUCGUAUUUUAGGACUUUUGGCUUGCGUGUAACUGAUCUCAUUUGCUCAUUGACAUUGGAAUGCCUGAAGCUAGGCUUCAAAGAGCCAGAAGUCACUCCUAUUUGGGUCGUACACAAUCGUCGCUUUGUGGAUAACAUAAGGUAAUAUAAAAUUUGAUUUAAAAUAUUCAUCAAUAUAAAACUUAUUUAUAUUUAUUAUGAUUUCUUCUGUAUAUUUGAAUUUGAAUAGCGACUACACGUUACGAGAUAUGUUAACUUCUAAUUUUUGAUUCUUUAGGUCACAAAAAACCCAGCCUCAACAUUGGAGGAUUCUGAUCACCUAUGUUGAUCUCUCUUUGGCUAGUCCUCAAGAUGAUUCGUUUGUAUUGAGGAAGGUCUUAGAGAUGUUCUUGGAACGAAGCCUUGAUGUACCGGAAUGGCUGACAACACGAUAUUUGGUAGGUUUGAAGCUGGAACUAGAAAAGUUGUUGUAAUGACUAAAUACGAAAAGCGUCUAAACUGAUUAAUUUUAGAAGGUGAAUGUCCGUGACUUCCUGGCCGAACUGAUCGAAUACAACCAAAUUGCUUACGGCCUGACAGUCGUUACCGACUACCUCGAACAACUGAUCAGAAGUCGACCAAAGUUGGAGCAGCUCCAUAACAUUCCGUUUGUUCUCAUCAACAAUCUCUUAACCUUUGCUGAAGCUCAAAACACUCCGAAGGUGAUGGAAGAGUCGAAGAAGGCUCAGAACAGCUUGAGGAGAGCGGUUCGAGCAUUCAAAAUUGUUCAAUCUUGUUAA